ACUUUAAUUUCACAAGUUCAGCGGAAUCAAGAGUCAACCCGUGUUUAGAAUAGACUCCACUCCAUACUUUAUUAUCCACAACGACAAGGCAACUUUAGACGCAGCCUUGCGGAUGGAUACAUUUUUAACACCACUACGAGUGCAAAUAGCCCAACCAGGGAACAAUAAAUAAAACAUUUAUAGAAAUAAACCAGUUAAUCACGGAAAUAUCUACUAAAUUCCCAUCUAUAAAUCCGACGGUAAAUCUCGUUCGAAGCUUUUACAGUAGCCAAUUCUGACACCCGAAUCUCGCAUUUUCCAAGAAGAGGGGGACGUAAAGAGUCUAAAGAACACAGAGAACGAAACCACCCUUCCAGCUUUGCAGCGGUCUCCAUUUUAACUGUUUGCCCAGUCGGUACCUCACGUGUUCUGGACGGUCUUUCUCACAUGACCCUUGUUUGUCCCCGUGAUCAGUACUUCCAACUCCGUUUUUCAGUGUCGCUGAAUAUCACAUGUUUAAACUGUAACCUUCAUGGAUAUGAAUGAACAGAGUUUGGACAGCUCUACAGGGACAAUGACCUAACACACCUCCAUGCUGUGUAAGGGCUAUUUGACCAAGAAGGAGAGUGAUGGAGUGCUACAUCAGAUGACCUGGCCUCCACAAUCCCCCGACCUCCAUUAAGACUGUUGGAAAAGCAUUCCAGGAAAUCCGAUUGGCAGCCAUUUAUUAAAAUGGCCGCACUGGGUGACUGACAUGCUUCCCAGACUGCCUCCAAUCUUUAAAAUUCACGAGAAACAGGAAACAGAGGAGAUUCUCCAACUGGAAGGUGUGGGGACGGAGGAGCAGACUACAGCUACCAUAGAGAGUGUACAGCAGGCCGCAGCUUUUGCGGAUCAUAAUGUUCAAUACCAGUUCCGCACAGAGAACAGUGGAGGACAGGUGACCUAUCGUGUGGUCCAAGUGACAGAUGACCAGCUAGAGGCAGCAGGCGACGGGACUGGGGCAGUCAGUGUGGUUUCCACUGCUGCAUUUACUGGAGUACAGCAAGCAGUGGCACAGGCUGUCAUUCAGAACCCCUUCAGUAAUGGGGGUAGUCCAGCGGGGGAGACAGUGGGUGGGGAAACGCGUUUUGCCUAUUUCCCUGCUGCCACAGUCAGUGUCAGUGAUGGGGCAGCCACAGCAGUGUCGGUGCAGGCUGACCCAACACUCACACAGGCCGGAGGUCAGUUCUAUGUGAUGAUGAGCCCACCUGAUGUGUUGCAAGCUGGCACGCCAAGGACCAUUGCCCCUCGCACACAAACCUACACCACAGACCACGCUGAAAAUGAGAUGCUCCAGCAUGGCAGUUCAAACUGGAAGAUGGAUGGUCCACGGGCACCUAGGGAUGAGAGAAGGAGAGCACAACACAAUGAAGUGGAAAGACGGAGAAGAGACAAGAUCAACAACUGGAUUGUCACCCUCUCAAAGAUCAUCCCAGACUGCAACAUAGACAGUACCAAGACUGGAGCAAGUAAAGGAGGGAUCCUGUCGAAAGCGUGUGACUACAUCCGGGAGCUGAGACAGAAUAACCAGAGAUUGCAGGACAGCUUCAAAGAGGUGUUGAGAGUUCAGGCAGACAACGAGCUACUCAAACAACAGAUUGAGGAGAUGAAGAAUGACAAUGCAUUGCUUCGAGCUCAGCUACAACAGCACGGCAUAGAGAUCAAUGGAGAUACGACACCACAGUGAUCUACUGGACACACACACACUUACUUACUCACUGGAACACUGGUAAAAUACAAAUACUUAUAGAAUGCAUGAAAGUACACAUGCUCACGUGUAUGCAUCAUCAGAAAUUGCCACGCAUACACACAGAACAGAGGGCUUGAGAGGAAGAAGUGGACUGCCGACUGAUCAAGCCCCCUCCAACCCCCCCACUCUUCCAAGGCUGAAAGCUGAAAUUCAUGACUCUGUAACUAAAUUAGUUCCCCACUUCUGCUCAAAGAAUAGCCAACUCUUCAAAGGUUGUGCAUUCACCUAACUCUGUUUUUGUUAUGGACAAUGACAAUUCACAUUUAUUCUGUUUUAACCUGCUGCAGUUUUCCAUGACUUUUUUGGCAUUUGUUGUGAGCUAUACUACCGUGUCUGACAUGAAUGAAUCCUUUUGUUUGUCAUUUAAUGUAUUAGUUUAUAAUCAUAGUGCAAAUAUAGGGCUGAAUUUUGCUGUUCCAUUUUCCCUUAGAGAUUACAAACCAUGGUAGACAUCAGGCACCUUCAUCCUUUGAUGCACACCAUUUCAAAGGGUUGUUUCAUUGUCAAGUGGAGAUAGAUAAGAUACUAUUGAUUUCAGCUGUUUUAAAGGCCUGCGAUGUAAAGGUAUGGUUGUUGUAUAAACACUAGGCCUGACAUCGCAGACGAUCAGGGCAGUAGGUGAUAGCAUAGCUAAGUUCAUUCGGACAAUAUAUAAUAUUGGUUCCCAAAUGAAUAUCAGUCCCCUCUUCCUUGCUUUAAUUCCUCUUAUCUCUUUUAUUGUCCCAUCUGGUGCACAGUAAAUAAUUUAAUCUGAAUAUCAAUCUCACUAUAUGGUAAUGAUGCAUAUUGGGCAUGAAAUCAUGGUAUGUAUCUGCUUGUGAUGGGUCACUUACUGGAAUUCAAUACAUUAAUUGGAGCAUGUGUCAGUGUUGCCAUGUAUAAGAUGAUAAAUAUCCCCGAGUCUCUAUGAUAGGGGAUGUUCAUUUACAGGCAUUCAAUUCAAAUUUGGGACACUGGGUAACUCAACUAAAUAUUGAGGAUCUGAGGGAGAGUUGUCUAUUAUGGAAUUUCACCAUGUCCUCCAGUAAUGUAUAUGUUUGGGAACCAGUGCUAUGAAGGAUAAUUGUAGCACAUCCCAGGUCAGCAGUGCUUUAAGGAAUUGUUUGUGAGUGAAGGUUGUCAGCAUCCUUGUUUUAUCUCCACUGAAAGCAAUCACAGCAUGGCAUUCUAACCACUGGCAAUAUUUAUUCCAAUUGUACAAUAACAUUUCAAUGUUAUACCAUAGCAUUGACACAAUCAUUGGAUUGGUUCUGUAAUAAGGUGGAGGUGCAUUUUCAAGAGCUAUAUGCCCAAUUCCAAGUCGAUCCCUAGGCCCUACACUUGGAUUGGAUAGGUAAGCAAUGUGGUGUUUGCGCCACCUUGCAUUCUGAUUGGCUAGGUGACAUUUUCCGCAUUGCUUACAUCAUAUACUUUUACGCCUACACUGGUGCCUUGGGGAUAGAGGCAGGAGGUGGGUUUGGAAUUGAGCUGCAGUCUUAAAGAAUUUCUGAACCAAUCCUUUACCAAAUAUGUUUUGAUGUAAAGGGCAUGUUAUAGAGGGGUCCAGACAUGCUAGCGAUUUCACUUGGUUUUGAGAAACUUGGGACCACCUGCAAUAGACUUCCUCAUUGCUCGUUCUGCAGUAUGCUGCUUCUCCGUGUAGCCCGCUCAGCAGAGCUGGUAGGGGAAAUGGCUUGAGUCGAAUCAAAUGGAAUAUAAUGUUGCGGAUAAAGUUGAAAUUGUGUUAUUCCGAAGUGUACAACAUCUAAAGACCUGCAUCACUAUACUGAGAGUGUGGCCAUUUCUAAAAUGAUGUAUAUUUCCGUAGCUCCUAUACUGCAGAACGAGCAAUGAGAAUGUCUAUUUUGAGUGGUCUAAGUUUCUCAAAACCAAGUGAAAUCGUUAAAGUGGACACUUAUAUAACAUACUAUUUACAUUUAAAAAAAAAUAUUUGUUCGGACAUGGUGAAGCAAUCCUUUACCCCCUUAUAUAAAAAAAAUGUGGGGGCAUCUUGUCUGUUUAAAACACCUUAUCCAGGGGAGUGGCUAACCUAAUGUUUACUGCUCACAAUAAUUAUCCCUAUCUGGCUCGAAGUACCAUGAAAAAGAGUGGUCCUUUUAGACAGAUUGACAACAAUAUACUAUAUAACUGAAACAAAUAUGGACAACGUACUUUAGUUUCAUUAGCAUGAGCUAGCAGGGAGAAUAUAGUUGCCAUGUAAUUUUGAACUUGUAGGUCAAUUUGUAUUGCCAAUAGGGCUGUCCCCGACUGAAGAAAACUCUUGGUCCACCAAGAGUCAGCUGUUCUUUCGACCAAUCGAUUGGUCAAACAUUUUUAAACAUGUAUUUUUCCAUAUAUAGACACACCCAAUGUGUUUUAAUAAAUUAUACUAUAUGCAUUGAGCAUGUCUGAUGCUUUAAGACACAAAUGACUCGAGGGAGCCAGAGAUAAAGAUAACCAAAAAGAAGGCCAAGUAAAACGCUGGAGAAAGCUCUCACUGAAGAUUCAGUUAAGCACCUUGGGGAGUGCCACUGCAGCGGCCGCUGUCAAGCAUAUAAAACCUGUCAAUGUUUCAGCCUACUCUGUAGUUGCAUUCUAACUUACUGUUUUCAAGUGGUAUGUCAUAUUCGUUAUUGAACUAUGAGCAAACCGCUGUUUGCACUAUUUGCAUUCUACUUUUUAUUUGUCUUAAGUAGGCCGUAGACACUGUAUGUACCGGUAGGUAAAUCUUAGGCUAUGAUUAGGCUCAUUUGCUUGUGCCGUCUGGAAAGAAUCUGCCGGAUACACAGUUGAAUGAAAGGGGAUGUUUGGCAUAUAUGUUAUUAGUAAUACACCAUACAAUUCAGGAAAACACAUUUGUUAUAAAAUAUUUGUACUAGUGUUACACCAUUGUUCUUACAUAACUUAACCAUAUACAAUUUCAGUAGCACAAUUAGUGUCUUCAGAAAGUAUUCAUAACCCUUGACUUAUUACACAUUUUGUUGUGUUAAAGGCUGAAUUCAAACUCUAUGACUUUUUUCACCAAUCUACACACUACCCCAUUAUGAAAAAAUGAAAUCUAUGAUUUUAGAAAUGUUUGUAAAUGUAUUAAAUUAAAUACAGAAAUAUCUCAUUGACAUAAGUAUUCACACCCCUAAGUCAAUACUUUGUAGAAGCACCUAUGGCAGAAAUUACAGCUGUGUGUCUUUCUGGGUAAGUCUCUAAGAGCUUUCCACACCUGGAUUGUGCAACAUUUUCCCAUAUAUUAUUUUCAAAUGUCUUCAUACUUUGUCAAAUUGGUUCUUGAUAAUUGCCAUUUUCAGGAUUUGCCAUAGGUUUUCAAGUAGAUUUAAGUCAACUGUAAUUCGUACACUCACUGUCUUCUUGAUAAGCAACUCCAGUGUAGAUCUGGAGGCCAGCCUUGUGUUUUAGGUUAUCGUCCUGCUGAGAGAUGAAUACAUCUCCCAGUAUCUGGUGGAAAGCAGACUGAACCAGGUUUUCCUCUAGAAUUUGUCCUUUGCUUAGCUCCAUUCUGUAUUUUUUUAUCCUAAAAAACUCACCAGUCCUUAACGAUUACAAGCAUACACAUAACAUGAUGUCGCCACCACUAUUUUUGAAAAUACUGAGUGUGGUACUCAGUAAUGUGUUGUAUUGGAUUUGCCCCAAGCAUAACCCUUUGUAUUCUCGACAAAAAGUGAAUUACUUUGCCACAUUGUUUUGCUGUAUUACUGUAGUGCUUUGUUGCAAACAGGAUGCAUAUUUUGGAAUAUGUGUAUUCUCUGCAGGCUUCCUUCUUUUCACUCUGUCAAUUAGGUUAGUAUUGUGUAGUUACUACAAUGUUGUUGAUCCAUCCUCAGUUUUCUCCUAUUACAGCCAUUAAACUCUGUAACUGUUUUUUAAGUCA